CCGAUAGAACGUUCAAUGUGCUAUUUUGAAGUGAAAAUUACUUGUGAAAACCUGGCCUACCCUUUUAUUCGCUGUGUCUUCCUCGUUAAGCUUGUGUCUUUUGCUCUCCUCAUUACGAGAGUGACAGAUCACUGUUGGCUUAAAGUCUUCGCUGUACGAGACUUAAGAGGAACUCGGAUUACAUUCGAGUUAAACACAAGGCACAGCAACCAAGUCGAGAGUCGAAUGUCGAACUUCACUUCGAAGGCUAAGGCAAACAGCAGAAAGAAAGAGAUGGCGCUGCAAUUAGAACUUUGUCCAGAAAUAUUUCUCCAUUUCUCCGCACAGCAAGUACAAGGAGACGACGAUGAAGUUUACGAGGCUAGUACCGGCGGUCCAGGAUCAAUUCGCGAUAUCUGGAAGAAGUUUAUGGCUCCACUAACACCGCCGCUUUCUCCACCGCUUUCUCCCUCUCGACAAACUAGCGGGGCAGUCUCACCGACUUGUCUAACAGCGACGGCAGCAGAUACGUUACAGUGUGUCUCAGAUAUAUUAGAUCUCGACAACUGCCGUACUUACGUGGCCGAACGCAGCUGUUCAAACCUUGCAUCGAAGCUAAUUCAAGAUUGUAUGUGGGGCUCCUCGACACUACAAGAGAAAGUACAGCGUAGAAAACGAGUAGAGGACAUAUAUGAUACUCCUUGUUCCACACCACCAUCUCUCUACGUAGAUUACGUUAGCGGUGAAUGUGUCGAUCCGUCGAGUGUGUUCCCAUACCAUAUAAACAGUCAAGAUUUUCCCAGCGGAGACUCAUCGUCAGAAGACGAAAUUGACGUUGUCACUAUCGAGAAGCCUGUUAAGCGUAAAAGUCCAGCAACUUGUAGCAAUGUAAACAACAACAACAACACAGAAAUGAAGUCAUUACGCGAAGACGAACCGACCGCAAAACGACCCAGAAUGAAUCUAAAACGAUCCCGCGAGAAUUCGAACAAGGAAGGCAAGGAGACUAGCCCCGAUGCGGACUACGAACCAUCAACUCGGCUUUCCGGGAAGGAAAAAUUUGAAGAGUCCGAUUGUAAACGCAAUGUACACAACGUUCUGGAGCGCAAGCGAAGAAACGAUUUAAAAUAUAGUUUUCAAGUUUUACGAGACAGUAUACCAGACCUAAAAGGAUCAGAACGGGCACCGAAAGUGGCGAUACUUCGAAAGGCUACUGACUGUAUAUUGAAUCUUCGCUCUGAACAGGAAAGAUUACUUGAGGAGAAGAGUUUUCUCGAGAAGAGGCGUCAAUCAUUAUUGCACAAGUUAAAAGCUCUCAAAGAAUCCUCGUGAAUCGUCUAAUACACGCAGGUAUUCUCCCUGGAAACAUGUAUCUGUGUUAAAGUUAUUCUAUUUAAUAUAUCUUAUGUAUACAGAUGUGUGACUUGGAUUUUGGCCAAACUUCAGGCCUAUAUUGGUCUGGUUUUCGUCCACGGAGAAAACUACUUCCGCUUGUUCGGCGAAAACCAGUCACACGUUAUGGCUUAUAUAUAAUCCAUUUGCUAUACGUCUAUCCGAGAGAAAUCUCUGUAUUUUAAAACGACGAGCGUCAUUCGCAGUAAACGUUUAUAGUUAUGAAGUCUCAAGUACUAGUGAAACGAUAAUGUGUGAUUGUUUUCAUUCAAUGAAUUUCUUGAUUAGCAUAUUGAUUAAAAAAGCGCGGGAAACGACGUCAUAAAUUAGCAUAAAAUAUUUUCAUACUUUGCAUUCAUGGCGUCCUGACCCAAAUCAAAAAAUUUACUUGUGGUGAUUUGAAAGAUAUUUUUGUAUACAAUGUAAACUAAUGAGUAUUAAUGAAACUAGCCCGCUUUAAAGGGAGUACUUUAUAUAAAUAGUUCGUAUAUAACUAAGUUUAUAAAUAUUAAGCUCUGGUGGACGUUUUUACAAUGUAAAAAAACGGAGGACGCUAAAUCCGUGAUUUGAACCGUAUUGGUAACUUGUAUCAAGCAUAUGUGAACAGCACGUUUUGUUUUUGUGGACGGUAUAAAUGCCACUACAUAUAUUUAUGUUAAAGGGUGUUGCGUGUAAAUAAUAAAGGCUGACAGUCUGCAAGCACAAAACUUGUAUAAACAAUGAUAUUGUUAAGAACAUAAAUUAUAUAUUGGUUAUUUUGUUAAAGUUGCGAGUAAGGAAAAUAAUUAGAAUGUUUCCACAAUA